AUGGCCGACGAAAACGCAUUGGAGAGCAAGCCCGCUCAGUCGAUCCCCGAGAGACCCAAGGACGCUCCUGCCGCCGAGGCUGGCGCCGCACCUGCUGCUGAGGGUGAGAAGGGUCCUUCAAAGAGCGCCUUGAAGAAGGCCGCCAAGGAGAAGGAGAAGGCUGAAAAGGCAGCUAAGCGCAAGGCCGCCGAGGAAGCACAGAAGAAGCAGCAGGACGCCAACGAUGUUUCGGCCAACGACUACGGCGAGUUGCCCAUGAUCGGCUCCCAGGAAUACAAGCCCUCUGGUGUGUCGCGUGUCACCCUUGCCCAGAUUGCCGAAAAGUACAACGAGACCACCCCUAUCGACGAGGCCGGUGGUGCUGAGGUCUGUUUCCGCGCCGUCGUCGAGAAUGCCCGCAACCAGUCCGCCAAGCUCUCUUUCCUCGUCUUCCGUGAGGCUCUCAACACCAUUCAGGCUGUCGUCGCCGCCAGCGACUCUCUGAGCAGACAGAUGGUCAAGUUUGCCGGCAGCGUGCCUUCUGAAUCUAUCGUGCUGGUCCACGGUUUGGUCAAGAAGACUCCCGAGCCCGUCAAGAGUGCCACCAUCAGCCACCUCGAGAUCCACGUCAAGAAGCUCUAUGUCGUCGCAAAGGCCGACAGCCAGUUACCCAUGCAAGUCUCGGAUGCCGAGAGACCUCUGCCCCUCGAGGGUGAGGAGGCCAAGGAGGAUGAGAGCGGUCGCCCUAUCGUUACCCUGAACACUCGUCUUAACAACCGUGUCAUUGAUCUCCGUGGCAAGCACAACCGCGCCAUCUUUGCCAUCAAGGAUGGUGUCACUGCCCUUUUCCAGGAGUUCUUGCGCAACCAAGGCUUCAUUGGCAUUCAAACCCCCAAGCUGCUCGGUGCUCCUUCUGAGGGUGGUGCCAACGUUUUCGAGGUUGGCUACUUUGCUACCAAGGCUUUCCUCGCUCAGUCACCCCAGCUGUACAAGCAGAUGCUGAUUGCUGCCCGUUUUGAGCGUGUCAUGGAAGUCGGUCCCGUUUUCCGUGCCGAGAACUCCAACACUGCUCGUCACUUGACUGAGUUCACUGGUCUGGAUUUGGAGAUGGCCUUCGAGGAGAACUACCACGAAGUCGUCGAGGUUCUUGAAAACCUCAUGCUGUACAUCUUCAACGGCCUCAAGACAAAGUACAAGCGCGAGACCGACCUGGUCCGCAGCAUCUACCACGUCGAGGAGUUCAAGCUCCCUGAGGCUGGUAAGGUGCCUCGCAUCCCCUUCAGCGAGGGUAUUCAAAUGCUGCGCGACGAUGGCCUCGAAAUUGGCGACUUUGACGACCUCAGCACACCCGACGAGAAGCGUCUCGGUGCCCUCGUGCUCAAGAAGUACGGCUCCGACUUCUACGUCCUCGACCAAUUCCCUCUUAACAUCCGUCCCUUCUACACCAUGCCCUCACACACUGCCCCCGCCCACCAGGCUGGCGCAAAGGACCCCAACUCUGGCUACAGUAACUCCUACGACUUCUUCAUGCGCGGUCAGGAGAUUCUGUCUGGUGCCCAGCGUAUCCACGAUGCAGAGUUCUUGUGCAAGCGCAUGAGAGAGCAUGUCAGCCCUGUCGACCCCAACUCGGAUGGUCUUCGUGACUAUGUCAACGCUUUCCGCUAUGGAUGCCCGCCCCACGCUGGUGGUGGUAUUGGUCUGGAGCGUAUUGUCAUGUUGUGGUUGGGUCUUCCUAACGUUCGUCUUGCGUCGUUGUUCCCCAGAGACCCCAACCGUGUCAUGCCUUAA